CGGAUUAUUUUCAAACGCACUCAGCCACCGGAAGUGUAACGCUCAACGCGUUCAUGUGGGUUGAAAACAGAAAGUGGAGCCGAAGACAUUGAAGUGUAAAAAUUCAGAGGGGAAAUAUAAAGAUUUCAGAAUAGAAAAUGUCGGACAACGAAGAUAACUUCGAUGAUGGUGAUUUUGAUGAUGCGGAGGAGGACGAGGGAUUAGAUGAUCUGGAAAACGUGGAAGAUGAAGACCAGGAGAAUGUGCAGAUCCUCCCAGCAGGAGAAGGUCAGCAGCCCAACCAGAAGAGGAUCACGACACCAUACAUGACCAAAUACGAGAGAGCCAGAGUGCUGGGUACUCGAGCUCUGCAGAUAGCCAUGUGCGCUCCAGUUAUGGUGGAGCUGGAAGGAGAAACGGAUCCCUUGCAAAUAGCUAUGAAAGAACUGAAGAGCAGAAAGAUCCCCAUCAUCAUCCGCAGAUACCUUCCUGACGGCAGUUAUGAGGACUGGGGCUGCGACGAGCUCAUCAUAACAGAUUAAACAACUCAUCCACUGAUAAAACAGCGUGUGGUGGUUCACAGCCGCCAUCAUACCAGGUCUGUCAGCUACGUAAACCCAGAAGUUACCUCCAUGUUCAUGAAUGGAUUUGAUCCAAAUAUUUUUAAGGUGAUACUUGAGAUGUCGCACACAGAGACUCAUGAAAAAUCUAAACAAUAUGUUAGUUACUGGUUUAUAAUCCUGCAAACUGACUUGUUAUCUUUGUCUAAUUAUGUCUGUUCAUUCUGCUCAAGUCAAAGUUUUGAGUUAGAAACUACCUUUUUAGCAGCUGCAUUACAACAAACAGCCACCAGGGGGAAGCGUAACUUCAGUCAAACAGUUUCUUUUACAAAAUAAUCCUGUGUUGUAAGUUUUCCAUUUGUUGUUUUUGAUGAAAAAUCAUUAGUGUAAAGUAACAGUUUUAUUGUUAUAAAUAAACUCUUUUGUAUAAAUUA